AUGUACGUCAUUAUUCAGGUGGGGUCGCAGGCCUACGCGCACCGCCUGUUCCUCUACGCCACGUCGCCCACGCUUAAACUGUUCCCCCCAGGGGCGGUGGCGGGCGCGGAGGAGCUAGGGCCGCACACAGACCACCAUGGGGCGGCGCUGGUGCUGCUGCGCAGAUGCCGCUUGUCCCCGGGGGAGUUGGCGAAUCUCGUCGACUCCACCUUCCUCAGCAGGUACAUUCAUCGCAUGUACUGGUGCGAGCAUGUGGAGUCCUGCCCCUGGCAGAUGGUGCGAUCGGUAGCACAGUGGGGGGAAACCCAAGCACAAGCGCAAGCGCAGGCCGUGGGGGGAAUGAGGGGAGCAGCGGAGACAGGGGAGAGUGGUGGUGCACAGAAGGAGGAGGAAGGUGAGGAGGAGGAGAGCAGAGCACAGGUGGCGGAGCAGGGGCAGGGCCAGAAGGGAGAGGAGAAGCAGGAAGAGCAGGAGCGGGGGCUGGAGCAGGAACAGCAGCAGCAGCAGGAGGAGAAGCAACAGGAGCAGCAGCAGGAGGAGGAGAAGCAGCAGGAGCAGCAGCAGGAGGAGGAGAAGCAGCAGGAGCAGCAGCAGGAGGAGGAGAAGCAGCAGGAGCAGCAGCAGGAGGAGGAGGGAAAGGUGCGAGAACAGACUCAAGCCUCUCCUCCUCCCUGUGUGUCCAUCCGCGUACAGGCCUUCCCGAAGCACUUUGAGCGAUGGAUAGCCACACACCUACCCCCCUCUCUCCCCCUCGACCCCAAGCGCUUCACCCACACCCUCAGUGCGGUUUCCACCGCCCCCCACUUCUUCCCCUUCCACCCCCGCCAGCCCUCUGCACCCCCUUCCCUUACCCCCUUCGACCUGCUUCCCCCCCCCCGUCGCACGCGCCGCGACCGCACGCCUCUCCCGCUCGUCCCUCCCGACCCACGCAUCUUCUUCUCGCUCUCCCCCGCGCGCUCCAUGUGGCGCCUGGCGAGCGACCGCAAGGCGGGGAGUGACGGGUGUGCCAGCAGUGCCGUGAGCAAGCUGGAGGAGGUGCUGCACGUGGUGGGGUGGCGGCUGAGAGCGGAUAUGACAGCCAUGGAUGUGGGGGCAGCACCGGGGGCAUGGACGGAGUAUCUGAGCGCCAGGAUACGCCACGUGCUCGCCAUCGACCCUGCAGCCCUCUCGCCUGCUGUCACGGCACGCGGAAACGUCACCCAUAUCAAGAAGAUGGUGGAGGAUGCGUGGGAUGACGUGCAAGCAUGGUCCCUGGCGUGCCAAGCUGAUUCUUCUCAACCACACCCCACUGGUGGUGAUGGGUGUGAUACUAACAGAGUGCAUGAACCAGGGACAAAGACCGGUGCACCCACCAACACCACCAGCGCCAGCGUAGCCGCAAGCAGCAGCAGCAGCAUCGCCACAAGCAGCAGUGGCAUUGGCAGUUGCGCAGGCACCGCGCCCCUGUCAGCAGGGAGCAGUGAGCAUGGUGGUGGUGCAGCAGCUGCCAUGUGCCAUGGUCUGUUCUGUGAUGCCAACAAGCACCCCCUGCAGGCUGCAACGCUCGUGGCGCCGCUGCUGCCCGCGCUGGCCUCGGGGGGAAUACUGGUGGUCACCAUGAAGUGCCGGGGGCGGGGCAGGGACAAGGAGUUAUUGACGCAGCAGCUGACCGAUGCUCUUCCUGUUUCCUUCCGUUAUGCUGAGUGUGUGUGGCUUAUGGCUAACUCGGUCUUCGAGCGCACAUUUGUUGGCAUCAAGGCAUAG